AUGUAUUGGCUCUCACUUCCGGACACACCAACAUCAACAACAGAGGGAGCUGCUGACAUUAUCCGAGAGGCGGCAGCAGGAGAAAGCGGUUCAGUGAUCGGGAGGCUAGCUACCCGUCCACCGUUGUCAUUAUUGACUAUGGAACGCUCUUGUAGUGUGAAAAGCAGGGAUAGCAUCACCCACCAAGACCACGAACCUGCUCCUCCCUAUAGCCGGGGACACACCCCUCCACCAUUGCAACGGAGAUCAAGGCGCACUAUGGUGGAUGUGACAAAAUGGCCGCUGUUUAGCCUGAUGGAAGGCGAGGAGCUCUCGUCCAUACGACAGGCCUGUGUGUUUGGAACCUCCGCCAACGAGGUCAUCUACAUCACCCACAAUGAUGACGUGUAUGUGUUUGGGCUGAACUGCAGUAACUGCCUGGGAACAGGGGAUAGCCAAAGCACCAUCCUACCUAAGAAGCUGGACUUUCUGAGUGGGAGGAAAGUGGUCAGCCUCAGCUAUGGCAGCGGACCCCACAUCCUCCUGGCCUCUGAGGAGGGCGAGCUGUUUGCCUGGGGCCACAAUGGCUACAGUCAGCUGGGGAAUGGGACCACCAACCAGGGGGUCGCUCCUGUGCUGGUGUCUGCCAGCCUUCUCAACAAGAGGGUGACGGAAGUGGCCUGUGGUUCACAUCACUCCCUGGCCCUGACCAACACUGGAGAGGUGUAUGCCUGGGGCUACAAUAACUGUGGCCAGGUGGGGUCAGGGUCCACGGCCAACCAGCCCACCCCCAGGAGAGUGUCCAACUGUCUGCAGAACAAGGUGGUCGUCAGCAUCACCUGUGGUCAAACCUCCUCUCUGGCUGUGGUCGAGAAUGGAGAGGUGUACGGCUGGGGCUAUAACGGAAACGGCCAACUGGGGCUCGGCAACAACGGGAAUCAGCUGACACCUUGUCGCCUGGUGGGCUUGCAGGGUCUCUGUGUGCUACAGGUGAGCGUGCACACACACACACACACACACACACACACACACACUACCUCCACUACCAUUAACCCCUCUCUUCCCAUCCAGAUAGUGUCUGGCUAUGCCCACUCCUUGGCCCUAACGGACGAGGGGCUGCUGUAUGCCUGGGGGACCAACACCUAUGGCCAGCUGGGCACAGGCAACAAGAGCAACCAACUCAGCCCAGUCCAGAUCAUGGCUGAGAAGGAGAGCAGGAUUGUAGAGAUUGCAGCAUGCCACUCCACACACACCUCAGCAGCUAAGACUCAGAGUGGCCAGGUGUACAUGUGGGGCCAGUGUAGGGGUCAGUCCAUCGUCUUGCCCUUCCUCACACACUUCUCCUGCACUGAUGACGUUUUUGCUUGCUUUGCCACGCCCUCUGUCAUGUGGAGGCUGCUCUCUAUGGAGCAUGAUGACUUCCUGACAGUGUCCCAGUCUUUAAAGAAGGAGUUUGACAGCCCAGAGACGGCCGACCUCAAGUUCAGCGUGGAUGGCAAAUACAUCCAUGUGCACAAGGCUGUGCUCAAGAUCAGGUGUGAGCACUUCAGGUCCAUGUUCCAGUCCCAUUGGAAUGAAGACAUGAAGGAGGUGAUAGAGAUCGACCAGUUCACCUACCCCGUCUACCGCUCCUUCCUAGAGUUCCUCUACACAGACAACAUAGACCUGCCCCCAGAGGAUGCUAUCGGUCUGCUGGACCUGGCCACAUCCUACUGUGAGAACCGCCUGAAGCGUCUCUGUCAGCACAUCAUCAAGAGGGGCAUCACCAUAGAGAACGCCUUCUCUCUGCUCGCUGCUGCCGUGCGCUACGACGCAGAGGACCUGGAGGAGUUCUGCUUUAAGUUCUGUGUGAACCACCUGACGGAGGUGACCCAGACUGCAGCCUUCUGGCAGAUCGAAGGCAACCUUCUCAAAGAGUUCAUCAGCCGAGCUAGCCGCUGUGGAGCCUUCAAGAAUUGACCGCUGAACCGGCUCAUCUCUGUCUCCAUCACAGGGGGCUACGCUAGGCUAAACACGCUCUGGUCUGCCAUGAGCCACCAGGCUCCGUUAGCUGUAGCGUCUGCCAGUGGUUGUCUAUUUACUGCAGAUGAUGGGUGGCAAAGGAUGUUAAGUAGUUACCCCUGUUACAGAACUGUUCAGAGGGGUUAUUAGAUAUUUAUAUCGUCUUCCAUCUCCCUCUGUGGGUUGGUAGUUACAUCUUGCAGCUUUGGAGGCCAGAGUUCUUUGUAAGUAUUUUGUUUCCCUUGACGAGUGAGGAGCACGUUUGCACUUUCUGAUAUGGUGCAGUGGGUUCUGGGAAAGCCUGUGUGAGAUUGAUUAUAUAACUUGUCACUACUGACAGAUAGAGAUCUUCAGUGUUCUUAUUGAACGGUGGUUAUUAGAUCCAGUCUUAGGGAUUGAUUCAAUCAGAUCCGCUUUAGCCAACAUCUGCAUAGUGGUUGUUUUUGGGGUGUCGGAGGUGGAACUGCGUUAGCUGUCAAAUCCACAAGUGGUUCCCGGUCUUAUACCUAAAGCGGACAUUGCCAUUGGCUGCAUGGAGUUACAUUAACAUAAAUCCCAUGUAGCCUUGUUUACAAGUUUGAACACUGGAAUGUGAGAUGUAAUCUUCACCUCGAUUAAGACUAUAGAAAUCCUCAUUAUUUAGUUGAAUGAUUUUUCAAUUUGACUGCCCACCUUCUUGUUCUGAACUUCUAACAGGACUGGGAUGGGUGUGGCUUCAUGACAAUGAUCAAGAGCAGCUGCUCACCGAUCUAAUGGCUCCACCACAGUUCAACCUCCAACACAUCCACCAUGCUGGUGUCGGUUAUUGAUCUGAUUGAACCUAGGCCUUAAUCUGUUAGAGCAAUAAAAAUGUUGUACUUGUGUGAAAUCACAUCAUUCCUAAAAAGAGCAACAACAAAAACCUGUGCAUAGGGUCAAUGUAAACUCCAUGACAGAGUUCUUGGAGAACAUUGUGUUGGCUGAGUUUUUGAAUGCAAUAUUUUCAGCCUAUGUUACAGAUGAUUUCAGACAUUUAAGGUAUUGUUACUUUUCAGUAAUGUUUGCACUAUAUCUCAGCUGUACAGAACUAUUAUACAGAAAUGAUAAUCACCUAUUUUUUAUGUUCAUUAAAGACAACUUGUAGAUAUUUAGUUACACACACA